UUGGCACGUCCUCCUGAGCUUCCACUCACUCUCCGCUGUUUGGUGUAGUUGUCCGGGUCUUCAGGCGAGCUGCCACGGUGGUGCUUUAGCUUUACACGAGCACCGGAGGAAACGUUAACCGCUAACGGAGACACAUCUGUGCCGUGCGGAGCAUAGCAGAGCAGGGCAGCCGCGGACGGUUGCCUCCCCUUGUGUGUGUGUUUUAAGAAGAUUGAAGAUGGCGACCAGCUCGGAGCGCAGUCCACCCCCGUUCCCCGACUCCGAGGACCAAGAUGUACUAGACUCUGAAGAAGUGAGAGGCCGAGAUAGUGAUGAAGACGACGGGGAGGACCUCUUCCUCGGCGCAAGCGACCCUCCGCUGACUGACGUGGACACCACACUGCCACCUGCCAAUCAACCCAGUGCUGUUUUAACAAACCCUCCCACUAACAUCAUGGAUGAUCCCUUAAUUGAGCCCAUCAGCAGCCAAACAGAAAACAAACCAGCGAGCGAAGUCAUAAGCGAACCCUCGGAUGAUUUUGUUGACCUGACAAACAACAUAAGCGACUCUCCGGAUGAAGCAGUCACAGCUGAAAUUGCCAUUACAGAUGCAGCAAAAAACACAACUGAAGUCCCUCUAGAUGAACCGUCAGAUGAUUUUGUUGACAUAUUUGGAAGUGAAACUGAAGCGCCGCGAGAGGAAGUUCUGAAUGCGGAUGUUACUGUUGAAGAAGUAACGGACAAAAGUGAAGUGACCAGUGGUGUAACAGAUACACCUGGUGAUGAGAAAACGGGAAUUGAUGAUGAACAGGAAGCAAAAGAACCUUCCACUGAUUCAAUUAUUGACCUCAGUGAUGAUCUUCCAGCCAGCGACACGCAACAGCCACUACCUGCCAGUGAAAAAUUUGUUGACCCUUUGGUUGACAUUCUUAGUGAUGCACCAUCAGCUGCCGAUGCCAAAAUACCCAGCCGGGAAACAGUCGAUCUGUUUGAAGACGAGGGGAGUGACUUGUUCACAGAAUCACGGCAGAGUAAAUCUGCCAAGCAGCCGCAGAAAAGCCUCUUCGGUGAGCCUGAUGAGGAUCUGUUCGGUGAGCCAUUGGGUGCAACCUCAAAGAAAACCGUAAGCAAAGAGCAGAGGGACAAACCUGUCACAACCAAAGCUGCUAGUGAUGUUAGCAUCACGGGUGGACCUCUGCUGGAGACUAGUCCUGCAGAACCAGCUGAUAUCUUUACUGAGGAGGCUCUCACCACAGUGCCCAUUGUCAAAACCGCCAGCACUGUCAGCUCUAAGACAAAUGGAGUCCACUCUGAAGAGGAGACCGAUAUAUUUGCUGAAGCCACAGUCGAGCUCUCCCUCGACAGUCCACGGGACGAGAGAAAGAAAGAUGUGACAGCCAAGCCGUCUGUGUCCGCCCCCUCUCUGUCAGCAGCUGCCAACCUGGCCAAGCCACAGUCUGCUGCCCUGGAGGAGCUUGAAGAAGAGGAAGAGGAAGAGCAGGAAGACAAAUUUGAGAUUGCCAUUUCCGUUAAAGACCCUGAAAAAAUUGGGGAUGGGAUGAAUGCUUACAUGGCCUACAAAGUAACCACACAGACCCAACUGCCUAUGUUUCGCAACAAGACAUUUACAGUUAGGCGACGCUUCAGUGACUUCCUCGGCCUCUACGAGAAGCUUUCUGAAAAACAUGGACCAAAUGGAUACAUUGUGCCCCCGCCACCAGAGAAGAGCAUCCUGGGUAUGACAAAGGUGAAGGUGGGAAAGGAAGAUUCCUCAUCUGCAGACUUUGUUGAGAGAAGAAGAGGUGCUCUGGAGAGGUAUCUCCAGAGGGUGGUAAAUCACCCGUCACUUCUCCAGGAUCCUGAUGUCAGAGAGUUCCUGGAGAGAGAGGAAUUGCCUAGAGCAGUGAGCACCCAGGCCCUGAGCGGCGCCGGCUUCCUGAAGAUGAUCAACAAAGCAACAGACGCUGUCAGUAAAAUGACCAUCAAGAUGAAUGAGUCAGAUGUGUGGUUUGAAGAGAAGCUGCAGGAAGUGGAGUCUGCAGACCAGCAGUUCAGGAAGCUCCACGCGCUGGUCGAAUCUCUGGUUGUCCACAGGAAAGAGCUGUCGUUGAACACGGCCAGCUUUGCCAAAAGCACGGCCAUGCUGGGCAGCGCAGAGGACAACACCGCUCUGUCCAGAGCUCUCUCUCAGCUGGCAGAGGUGGAGGACAAGAUGGAGCAGUUGCACCAGGAACAGGCUGCAAACGACACCUUCUGCUUUGCAGAACUCGUGGCCGAUUACAUCCGCCUGCUUGGAGCCGUGAGGGGGUCGUUUGAUCACCGGAUGAAGGCGUGGCAGCGUUGGCAGGAUGCUCAGGGUGUGCUGCAGAAGAAGAGGGAGACUGAGGCCAAACUGCUGUGGGCCAACAAGCCCGACAAACUGCAGCUGGCCAAAGAGGAGAUCGCUGAGUGGGAGGCCAAAGUGACGCAGUAUGAGAGAGACUUUGAAAGAGUUUCUGCUACUGUCCGCAAGGAAGUCGUCCGCUUUGAGAAAGAAAAAGCUAGGAACUGUAAAAGAGAGAUUAUUAACUACUUGGAGUGUCUGCUUCAGUCUCAGCAACAGCUCAUAAAGUACUGGGAGGCUUUCUUACCAGAAGCAAAAGCAAUUGCCUAAUCCUCGAGCACCAGCCUUUUGGAUGACAAAACAGGCUGCCUUUUUCUUAUACACUUUACCUCUUGCCUUUAAACCAAGGAAAAUGCGCGCAUUGUAAAGGGAGAAACAAUCAACCUGUUUUUUUAAUCACCUUUAACAUAUAGCUCUGUACUCUAUUGUAUUAAUAAUUGUAUAUUUUCAUUUAACCUUCCACAAAUAUUUUCUUAUUAGAUGAAAAGAGUUUUGCAUAUACAAAGAUAUGGACACACGAAAAAGAGAAUAGAUGAAUGAUUCCAUUAAUAUUCUCAAGAGAAGGGAAACGAACAGAGUCCGUUGUUCUCAGGAUUUUCUCCCUCAUGCGAUCAGGAGCUCUCUCACAUCAGCAGUGGUUACUUGUUUACAGCACGGCUGCUCUCUCAUCAAAUAUUUCUGGGGACCCAGAUGACGAAAGUGGCCAAGAGUCUCAGUCUGUUUCUUCUUUUUAAUGACUCAAAGGGAUUAAAAAAAAAAAAGGUAAAUAAGAACUAUGAGCACUUCCACCAGGUGGAUAAAGUACUUUAGUACAGCCAUGUUUAUUUUGUUUUUCUUUCAGUUUUAAAAUACUAUUGUUGCUGAGGGGAGGAGGGCAGGACAUUGAGAGGCAUUAGAUUAGCAGCGUCUACAGCCGUGGUCAAGGGUUGCGUUGUAGGUCAAGCUUUUGAGUUUAAUGUUAUAGAUUUCAAUCAUAAUGCAAACUUUACUCUUAUAACUACACAUGUCUGUGCCUUUUGAGUCAGAGUGGUGUUUUUGGUAUAAUGGAGUUUGGGAGAAAGUUGUACACAGUGGUAGGCAGUGCAGAUGCUUAUUAACAGUUACUUCCACAACAGCCAUAAUGAUGUGAGUGUCAGUGCUGAGGUCAAAGAGCAACACUUUUCAUGUUAAAAGGAACACUUUAUCCCCCCAAAAUGUCCAUUUGCAUAUUAUUUACUAACUCCUUUUUAUGUUGAAUUUAUGAAGAAAAGUUUUUUUUCUCACCUCCACUAUGAACAAAGAAUCCAAUAACGGAGAAAAUUCCUGACGAAUUGAAGUCAUAGGGGUCCGUGUUCAACAACAGUAAAUUACAUUAACACAUCUUUGAUUAAGCUUUUAGACAACUCAUGCACUUUAAUUAAAGUGUCAUUGGUCCAGUUGUAUGCUCAGUACGUCCCAAAUGCACGCAUCUUCACUAAAAACUGUAGUAUUUAGAAGUGAAUAAAAAGUGCUGCUUACUUCAAAGCCAGAUUUGUUACUUUGAUGGAUCUGAAUGAACCCUUUUAAACACCAAAGUCACACAAUAAAACAAACAAACUGAUGGAGGCAGUGGUAGACAGCCCCUCUUGUGUUCAGUGUCGAUGAAAUCUGGCUUUGGAGAGAUCAUAGUUAAGUUUCACUUUUAGUUCAGUUCCCUUUCAGAAAGGUCUGUCUGUUUGGUAAGUCCUGAGCAAAUGUCUGGACAAAUGAGACUUGGAUUUUACUGCACGAGUUGUGUGAGAGUUUGUAAACAGAUGUUUUGAUAUAGUUAUACUUUUGUUGAGGGUGACCCCCCGUGACUCGAAUUCAUUAAGAAUUUUCUCUAUUUUUGGAUCCUUGGUUCACCACGCAGGCAUGGGUGAAAAACAGUUUUCUUCACAUAUUCAAAGUAACAGGGUGAGUAAUUGAUAAACAAAUAGGCUUUUAGGGGUUGAAGUUUUCCCUCAAGCCCAUUUACUACAAAUUAAGCAUUUUUUCCAUUCGAUAUUCUUGCUCAUUAAUACAAUUAUUUUUUUCCUACUUUCCAGUCAGUCUAUGGGUUGUAUGAAGCUCAACCUGCACCCAGUUAUAACAGGUAAUCCUCACAGUGAACAUCAUGUUCAAGUCUGCUUUUGUCAACAUUUUUGCGUCAUUGUUGUGCGGUAUUAUAGUACAGGAGGAGACAGUUAACACUAUUUUUAAGGAAUUAAGAAGUUUUAAGUAUCUCCGAGUAAAUUUUCAUGCUGCAGUCGUAGAAUGAAUGCAAAGCUGGAAACCAAAGGCUGCCUGAAUUGUUCAGUCUAUAAAAUGACACAGAAUAAUGCCAAAGGUUUCCCAGAGUCUAUAACAUCUAGAAAUAGCUCAACCCAUUAUAUUUUUUAAGGUACCCUGCAAAGUUUUUGGCCAGAAAUAGUGUUAUGGAGCAGUGUUUAAAGCGUAGGUUAGUAUGAUGUUUGAUGGGAUUUAGAGUCCUGCUGAUGGUUUUCCACUUUUUUUGCUGAUCAGUAGCUGCUAACUGCUAGCUAGUGAGCAAUAUAGAUUCCAAAUUCUUUGGUAAUAUGUUUCAUGUGGAAAAAACAACAUAUCAGCAUAUUAGUUAGACCUGUAAGAAAUACAAUGCAGUUAAUGUAACACAACAUUGUUACAAAACAUCCACCUGGUACAAUUAUAUAAAACAGAAAAAAAAUUAAUAAGACAGGAUACCUUUAAUUUACGAUGAUAUAAAGCUCUUUUUUUUUUUUUUUCAAAAUGUGCUGUUCUCACAUUUGAGGAAAUGAAACCAGAUGGGUAGUUUUGGAUGAGCAGUUGCAGUUGAUUAUCAGAAUUUGGGGGAAUUUAUUGUCUUUUGAUUGGCUGAUAAUUUCACUGAAUAAUACUGUGCGUGAUUUCUAGUAAAUGGGCAACAACAUGCAACAAAAUGACUGUUCAUGCUGAGUUGUCGGCUCCGGAUUAAUGUCAAAUACUAAACAUACUGAUGUCAUAAUGAAUUUAAUGCUUUCCUGAAGCCUCAGUCUGCAGUUUGACAAGUUGCGUUUAACAUCAAACAGAAACAAACCUGUAACAUGUGACACUGCUGCCAUCUUUUGAUUACAGCUUUAAUUUCACAUUUGUGCACACUUAAAUUUGAGGCUGUGUAGUAUCGUGUUACACUGUAUAAUUUGUUGUCAUUUCUUAACUUGCAGACAUUUCUUUGCACAGUUUUUAAACAAAACAAACAUUUUUUUGACGAUUAGAUGCACGCUUGUUUUCAACCGUUGUUAGACAGCACUCUAAUAAAAUUGGUUGAUAGUGCAGCCUCAUACUGUAUGUCAUCAAUGUGCAGAGCAAUGUCAGCACUUUGUCAUAGAAAUUUCUUGUAAAACAAAUCAAAAGUUGCACUGUUUACACUUGGAAAUGUAUUUAAAAACUUAAGCCUUCAGUGUCUUAAUUCUCUACGUGGGUUGUUUUCUUGGCUUUAUAUUAAGUACUUAAAAGAGCUGUAUAAUAUUGAUAGUAUAAUAUAGUAUACUUGAGUAUAGUAUGCUAUGUAAAGAAAUCGUUGAAAAAAUGUCGAACUGUAAUAUCUCACAUAAAAGUCAUUAGAAAAUCAUAGAAAUUUCAUAUUACGGUGUGUUAUAAAAAAAAUUAUUUUCAAAA